UGUGAGUGGCUUCAGUUUUUUAAUCGACGCGGGGGGCUCCACUUCCACUCCACAGGCUCUAUACUCUCUUCUCCACUAGUUAAAUUUUGCGUUGGAUCUAGAGCCUGCCUGUCUUUGAUUCGUCUCAACAAUGGAGAUGGUCCUCGCCGCCGCAGCAAACUGUACCGGUGCCUUGUCGUCCAACCACCCCAAAACGUUCCUCAAAUCGCGUCGAUCCUCGCUCCAAAUGCGGGCCUGCAGAUCGGGCCCCGCUGCGCCGCUCGCCGUGUCGUCCGCCGCCGCGCCGGAGGAGCCGCGCCCGGUGCGCCUGGGCAUCAUGGGCUGCGGCUCCAUCGCGCGCAAGGUCGCGCGCUCAAUGCUGCUCGUCCCCGCCGCCGACGUGGCCGCCGUCGCCAGCCGCUCCGAGGGCAAGGCGCGCCUCUUCGCCGCCGACAACGGCCUCCGGAGCGGCACGCGCAUCCACGGCUCCUACGAGGCGCUCCUCGACGACCCGGACGUCGACGCCGUCUACAUGCCGCUCCCCACCAGCCUCCACGUCAAGUGGGCGACCGCCGCCGCCGAGCGGGGCAAGCACCUGCUCCUCGAGAAGCCCACCGCGCCCUGCGCCGCCGACCUCGAGCCCAUCCUCGCCGCCUGCGAGGCCAACGGCGUGCAGUUCAUGGACUCCACCAUGUGGAUGCACCACCCCCGCACUGCCAAGAUGCGUCAGCUCGUGGCCGAUCAGGACACAAUCGGAGACGUCAGAUUUAUAAACACCAUGGUCAGCUUCCUAGCAAACGAAGAUUUCCUCCAGAAUGACAUCAGGGUGAAGCCAGACCUUGACGGCCUGGGUGUGCUCGGUGAUAUCGGGUGGUACUGCAUCCGUGGAAUCCUGUGGGCGGUUGACUAUGAGCUGCCCAAGAAUGUGGUUGCUCUCCGUCACCCUGUCAAGAACCAAGCCGGCGUGCUCCUUGCUUGCGGCGCGUCGCUCUACUGGGCCGACGGCAAGGUCGCCACCUUCCACUGUUCUUUCCUUACCAACCUGACCAUGGACCUCACCGUCGUCGGCACCAACGGUACUAUUCAUGUCACCGACUUGGUCAUCCCGUACGAAGAGAAGUCUGCUCCGUUCAGCGUCGACUCCAAGACAAACUUCGCCGAACUCUCUACCGGAUGGGAUCCACAUCCGAGCAAGCAUGUUGUCACCACGGACCUACCCCAGGAGGGGCUCAUGGUCCAGGAGUUCUGUAGGCUGGUGCAGGGCAUCAGAGAUGCCGGUGUCAAGCCUGAGGGGAAGUGGCCGGGCAUCACCCGGAAGACACAGAUUGUCGUGGAUGCAGUGAAGGCUUCUAUUGACAACGGAUUUGAGUCCGUCGAUGUUGCCAGCUAAAUACAACACAUAACUGGUGUUCCCACGUUGUAUCUUCCAGACCAUGACAAAUCUAUUUACUGAAAUAAUUUGAACGAUUCUUGUCAUAUUGAGGACAAUAUUGCAAUGAUCAAGUAAGGGUUACUA